AGCGCAUGUGGGAUAACGAAUCCACUGCGUUGAGCUCCAAUACGCAGUGCCAAAGACCCGCAGUCGCUCUCGAGCCAGAGCCGGUGUAGCACCGAUUUUUUUUCACUCCCUCAUCACCGAGUUUUUGUUUUGAGUGAAAGGGUCGUGGUUUCCAGCAACCAUGAAGGACCAGGAGACCACUGGUUGCCAGAAAAAGCCGACUAAAUUGAGAAAUUUAAUCUACAAGACUGAAGCGUUUGACUCCCUUCAUCCCAGGGGAACUGAGAAAACUCUCUGCUCUGGACAAGUAUGUCUUGGAAGUAUCAUGACACUUCCCUUCCACGGGACUGAGCCUCGAAAAAAAGAGGAAAUUCUUGUCCACGCGAAGGACUUUCUCGACCAAUAUUUUACAUCCAUUCGAAGAUUGAAUAGUGAUGCCCAUCACUUGCGAUGGGAGAGCGUCCAAAAAGAGGUCCUAACAACCGGCACCUAUCAACUGAGCGAAACGGAAUUAGUUUUCGGUGCGAAAUUAGCCUGGAGAAAUGCAGCCCGAUGCAUCGGUCGAAUUCAGUGGUCAAAACUGCAGGUUUUCGAUUGCCGAUACGUGACGACAACGAGCGGAAUGUUCGAAGCUAUAUGCAAUCACAUCAAGUACGGAACUAACAAGGGCAAUAUAAGGUCUGCCAUCACGAUUUUCCCACAACGAACUGAUGGCAAGCACGAUUACCGAGUCUGGAAUUCACAGUUGAUCGGUUACGCUGGGUAUAAAAAUAAAGAUGGCAGUGUUCUUGGUGAUCCCGCCAAUGCAGAAUUCACUGAUUUAUGCCUCAAACUCGGAUGGAGAGGCCCGCGCUCGGGCAUUCGGACUAGAUUCGAUGUUUUGCCGCUAGUUCUUUCGGCGAAUGGCCAUGAUCCCGAUUAUUUUGAUAUUCCUGCGGAACUUGUUCUCGAAGUUCCUUUAAAACAUCCCACAUACGAGUGGUUCGAAGAAAUGCAAUUGAAGUGGUUCGCCGUACCGGCAGUCUCUUCGAUGGUCUUCGACUGCGGAGGUCUGGAAUUCACAGCUACUCCCUUCAACGGAUGGUACAUGAGCACCGAAAUUGGGGCGCGCGAUCUCUGUGACGUCAAUCGUUACAAUCUUCUCGAGACAAUAGCCAUUAACAUGGGUCUGGACACACGAACGCCAAUCACUCUGUGGAAAGAUAAAGCCAUGAUAGAAGCGAAUGUUGCUGUUUUGUACAGCUUUCAGAUUAAGAACGUAACAAUAGUGGAUCAUCACACAGCAUCGGAAUCCUUCAUGAAGCAUUACGAGAAUGAGAUGAGACUGCGGAAGGGAUGCCCGGCGGAUUGGUUGUGGAUAGUCCCUCCGCUUUCGGGGUCGGCAACUCCUGUUUUCCAUCAGGAAAUGGCACUUUACCACCUGAAGCCUUCGUAUGACGCUCAGGACCCGGCGUGGAAGACUCAUGUGUGGAAAAAAGGGAGGGACAAGAAGUCGACGUCGAAAAAACCGAGGAGGAAGUUUCAUUUCAAACAGAUUGCUCGUGCUGUGAAAUUCACAUCGAAAUUGUUUGGCCGUGCGCUAUCUCGUCGCAUAAAGGCGACCGUUUUGUUUGCGACUGAGACAGGCACCUCCCAGAUGUAUGCCGAGAAACUUGGGGAACUUCUUGGUCAUGCCUUUCAUUCUCAAGUUCUCAGCAUGGCGGAGUAUGACAUCAGUAAUAUCGAGCACGAGGCACUCUUGCUCGUCAUUACUUCGACGUUUGGUAAUGGCGAUCCGCCGGAAAAUGGCGAGGCCUUCGCUCAGAAUCUCUAUGCCAUGAAGAUGAAUGAGACUUAUAUCAAUAGUGAAGCUAAAAUCAGUCUGGCCACGUCAAAAUCAUUUAUCAAAGCAAACAGUCAAACUGAAGUCGGAAGUGUGAAAAAAUUGGACAGAUUAGAUUCACUCCGAGGUUCGACAACAGAAUCUCAGAACGAAGACACAUUCGGGCCGUUGAGCAAUGUCAGAUUCGCUGUCUUUGCUCUCGGCUCCUCGGCCUAUCCCAACUUCUGCGCCUUCGGCCGUUAUGUGGACAAUCUCCUGGGUGAGCUCGGGGGCGAACGCCUGCUGAAAUUGUCCCAGGGGGAUGAAAUGUGCGGACAAGAGCAAGCCUUCAGAAAAUGGGCGGCCGAUACUUUUGCCGUUGCGUGCGAGACCUUCUGCCUCGAUGAUGAUGAGACGCUUCUCGAGGUGGCGCUGUCGCUCGGGUCCGAAGCGCUUUCGCGGUCCACUGUGAGGUUCGUUGAUGCCGAUCCUCAACCGAUUGCCAAAUCUCUUAGCAAAUGCCAUAAUCGGAAUGUCACGACCUGCAAUAUGCUGAGGAAGACUGAUCUGAGUGGGGGGAUAGUUGGGGGAACGACUCUUCUCCUCGAGCUCGACGACCUCGCCAGCAUGGAAAUUCCGUACAAACCUGGUGAUCACCUAGGCGUCUUCGCUUGUAACAAAACUGAACUGGUCGAGGGCAUUCUCGCGCGUAUCGAGGCCACCAUGGACUUCGACACUCCGAUGGAGCUUCAAACCCAGAAGCAGUCCCACACCCCGAACGGAAUCAUCAAGACAUGGGUUCCACACGAGAGAUUCUCUCCGAAUUCACUCAGAAUGUUGCUUACUCGCUUCCUGGACAUCACGACACCCCCAACGCCGAAUUUACUGAGAUACUUCUCGUCGAUAGCUACUAAUCAGAAGGAGAAGGCGCAGUUGAAUCUUCUUGCAACUGACUCAGCGGCCUAUGAAGACUGGAAGCACUGGAAAUACCCUAAUUUAUUGGAGGUACUCGUGGAAUUUCCGUCAGUGAAACCCUAUGCUCCACUAUUCGUCCUCCACUUGACGCCUCUUCAGCCCCGAUUCUACAGUAUUUCCUCAUCUCCGCUGGUGCAUCAGGGACAGAUUCAUCUGACUGUUGCUAUCGUCCAGUACAAAUCACAGGGGGGAAGUGGACCCGUGCAUUACGGUGUCUGCUCCAAUUACUUGAACGAGAUAACGGACGGAGAGCCACUCUACGUAUUCGUGCGCAGUGCUCCCAAUUUCUACAUGCCACCGAACCCCGAGCCCCCGAUGAUCCUCGUGGGUCCUGGUACAGGAAUCGCGCCCUUCCGGGGAUUCUGGCACCACCGGAAUGCUCAGAAGUUACUAAACAAACGUCAAGAAUUCGGGAAGAUCUGGCUGUUCUUCGGUUGCCGUCAGCGAACUCUCGAUCUCUACCGGCAGGAGAAGAGAGAGAUGAUGGAGACCGGAGUCUUGGAUAGAGUAUUUUUGGCAUUGUCUCGUGAGGCUGGAGUUAAGAAGACUUACGUGCAAGACAUUAUACAAGCGGAGGCCUCGCAAAUCUUCAAUAUGCUUGUGUAUGAACAAGGACACUUCUACGUAUGCGGUGAUUGCACGAUGGCCGAAGAUGUGUAUCAAACCUUGAAACUGAUUAUCCAAACGCAUGGACAAAUGAGUGAUAAAGAAGUUGAGGCUUACAUGCUGUCUCUAAGGGAUCAAAACAGAUACCACGAGGACAUAUUCGGGAUAACAUUCCGAACCGCCGAGGUUCACAACAGAUCCCGCGAGACAGCGAGAAUACGUUUAGCCACUGAGCCAACAUCAAGCUGAAUCACCGACGAAACAUAUCAAAAGCCCUUGGAUCAAUCGAUUUACUGAAUAUAUAAACUAACACGAUCAAAAUGUAAUGAAAAUUUAAUCAAAGGAUAACUCGACUCUUCUUGUAUUUGUGACUGUCAAUCUUCUGGAACUGCAUGCUCUAUUUUUGAUGACGACUCACUAUUAACCCGAGUCUGUAAUAUAUUCAACAACUUUCCAUAUCAAUCGCACAAAUUUUUCUGUAGUCAGUGGAUAAAUUAGAGGGGACAGAAUCUAAAAUAAUGGAGUGCAAGGGGGGAAUUUGUAGAGUGAAUGUGAUAAUUUAUUCCAGGAGUUGAUUUCCUUUUUUUAUGAGGAUUGAAGUGUAUUUGAGAUCUACUAAGUGGAUUAGGGGCGUCAGGUAAUCUUGGAAAAUUGUAAUUGAUGAGAAUAAAAACAUCAUGAGCA